UACAAUCAUUCCAGGAAGCUUUUUUAGGUCGGCUGUUUCCUGCACCUACGCCACCUUGUUUACCGUACGCUUUGUCGUUGUCGAUCUUAGUCGUCUAUUAAAAACUUGUUUUAAAACGAGUAUUCAUUCAGCUUUAGUGAGGUGUGUGUAGGUUAAAAGGCGAAUCAUGAAGUUCUUGUACCUGAGAGGUGCUGUGUUUUUCACCUUCAUACCUGUAGUACUAAAUCUCAGACUUGUGGAUGAUGGGCGCUCUCUGAACUGUACACAAGAGAAAGUACAGUGCACAGCCGAGUUCAAUAAUUGCAUGUAUAAAGAAUGGCUCAUUCCUUCAAAUUUCACUCCUAGUGGGCCAGAUGAUUUAACAGUGUAUGUUGAUGUAAGAAGCAAUAUGAAAGGUGAUUUGGAACCAGUGAUUGUGGCAGAAUGGAAAGCAAAGGAUGAUGGAAGCAUAAUUCAUUUGAAAGGAACAGAGCUUGGUGUGAUGAAGUCAUCCACCAACGAACAUCUGUGUGUUCAUUACAAGUUCCUCAAUGCUUUUAAGUCCAUGAGAAAUAGUGCCGGCACAAAGUGGUCUUUUUCUUUGGAUAAAGUUGUAGUAGAUCCAGACAGCACAUAUGUAGUGACCGUCUCCAGCCUUCCCAAGCCGAAUUUACAACACACGAGUUACAAUAUCUACAGAAAGGUUAAUGUUCCAGGUUGUGACGAUCCUUUGAUGCAAACGACCAAAAUCUGUUUUGAAAGAGGGGAUACAUGGAGGCCCAAUAUUACUGUAGGAAGGGCCACAGAUGUGAAUGGCAAGGAUACUCUGUAUGUUGCAUUUAAUCCUGGAGAGAACGUAGAAAAAUACAAUGUUUUUCUGACAUGCAACAGGGACACCCAAAUGAAGACUCUUUAUAAUGAGAGCAAGCCAUUACUAAAUGUGAAAUAUGACCUGGAGAACUGGCCACGUACAUGCUGUAAUUUUGAUGUUCAGAUCCAGCCAUUUUUCCGGAAGUGUGGCAACGACUGUCGUCGAAAAAAUCACAAUUUUUACAUAUGUGGUCCUGUACCAACAAGCCCUCCUGAGAACAACUCAGCACUCUGGAUCAUUUGUGUUGGAUUGUGUCUCUUAAUUUGUGCCGUUGGUAUUUGUGCUAUUUAUUUGCGCUGCAGAAAACCCCUGAAAGGUGAAGAAAAGCCAAAGGAAGAAGCACCUCUAGAACCGCCAGUUUCAUCCGGUCCUCGAUCUGUAUUAAUCAUCUACUCCAGAGAUCAUCCCCUUUACACAGACAUAGUCCUGAAGCUUUGCGCCUUCCUGCGGGCCAAAUGCGGCAUUGAGGUUGUGCUAGACCUACUUGACACGACUUGGCUUGGCACCAUUGGCCGUCUACAGUGGCUUGAAGAAAAAAAGCGACAGAUUGAGCAGUCGUCCAACAAGAUCUUGGUCCUUUGUUCCCGAGGAGUGCAAGCCAAGUGGGGGGCGAUGUGUGGAGAGCCUCGCAUCCUCCUCCGGGAAGACGUGUGCUCUCCGGUCGGUGAUAUGCUGACUCUCGCCCUUCAGCUGAUUACACCUGAUAUGCAGCGUCCGGCUUCCUACGGGAAGUAUUUGGUGGCUUACUUUGACGACGUAAGCAGCGAAGGCGAUGUGCCGUCUAUGUUUGACAUUGCGGUCAAAUAUAAGCUGAUGAAGCAUUUCGAGGAGCUCUAUUUCCGUAUCCUCGAUGUGGAGAAGUAUCAGCAGGGAGUGAAGCACUGUAUCGAGGGUAUCGGAAAGGACGAGUACUUCAACUGCCCCUCGGGCGAAGCCUUGAGGAACGCAAUCGAAGCAUUCCAGGCGCACCAAAUGAAGAAUCCAGACUGGUUUGAGAAAGAGUGUGUGACCAGCGAGGAGGAAGUGAGAGGGGAAGCUGAUCGACUUCUUGAGAUGCCCAUGCAGCCGAUAUAUGAGUUAACACCCGUGCUAAACAUCGGACUCCCGAUUCUUGUGAAGGAGGUAGACAGCAAUCAAGAGUCCCAAAGCAUCUGUGCUGUAAUUCCCCAAAUUCAAGAGAACCCUGAAGAGUCGUCCGUGAUGAUUAUUAAUCCAAGAGUCCAGCCAGAGCACAGCGAAGUACUUUCCUUUAUUCCAGCAAUGGAACGUCCUCUUGAAUUACCCAGCGUGACUGGUAUUGGGUCACCAAUGGACCCACAAAUGUACCCUUGUCUCCAUUAUGAACCAGGACCAGUGGAAACCACACAUCCUCCUUUUGCGUUUCCAAUGGGGGAACCGUCAGAUAACUGUCUGACGGACAGCAGAAAGUGCUUUUUAAUAGCACCUCCACCAUCAAUGGAGGACAGCUUCCAUCUGUAUCAGGAGAUGGAUAUGUCCCAGCCAGUGGAGAUGGAGGAAAGUGAGAUGGAGGGUGCUUCUGAGAUGAGACCAUCACGAGGGUCCGAUCAGGGAUAUGGUUCCAGGUAUUCCACAGUGAGGGAGGACCCCAAGUUUCAACAAGACCUUUCCUCUCUGGCCAAGUUACAAAUGGACCUCUUCUUGAACAGCCCGAUCUCUUCUGGUUUCUGCACCAAGCCUAUGGAGAUCUGAAUUUUAUGUGUGUCUUUUGGCUGUUUUUUCAUUUGCAGUGUGCUGUAGCACCGUGGCAGGAUGUUCUUGAACAGUCUGUGGUUGGUCGUCACUCCUAAAACAUUCAAACUAUUUGUGUCAACAGAAACAGACUAGAUGGACGAGUUCAAUAAUCAGCUGUUUUAAAAGUGAUUACAUGUUAUAUAUUUAUCAUAAAUAAUUAGACGUAAACACAAGAGUGUGAUCAGUUCACUUUUACUGUGGAGCAGAACAAGUACCUUGUGAAACAGCUUGAUAUAGAACAGCACAUCACAUGAUUUUAAGCUUACGUUUAGCUACUGAACACAAGUCUUAAGUAAUUUGGUUGGGCUUGCAAUGUUACAUUUGUAUAGUUUUUUCAUAUUAAUUGCUCAUAUGAAAUGUUUUGUUGUAUCGCACUAUUUUUUUAAUUGUUCAUUCCAGUUUAACAGCUAUAACCAUCUAUGGAAGUUUGUAUAUAAUAUUGUAUAAGUAAAUUUCUAAAUUUAUAAAGCAGCAUUCUUUGGUAAUCUUCUGUCGUGUGCUUUUUACUCUAAUUUAGUUAAACAAUCACUUUGCUUGCAUCAAAUUUCAUCCAACUUUGGACUACAAAUAAUUUUUAACCAAUUUAACCAGGAUGCUUCCAGACCCUUGCAGCUGUUGCAGUGCAAAUAAUGUCUUAUGUAAACAUAACUUAAAUUGCAAACUAAAGCCCUUGUAAGAAAAUUCUCUGUAAAACAUUUAUGUGGAUAAAUAGAGAGAGGUGGGGUUGGAAGUCGCUUUCCUUAUCAAAAAGGUUACGUACAUACACUAAAACCUGUAGUUUAAGAAACAUGCGUAGUAUGCAGUGGUAUAUAUUUGUCAGGUUAAAUACUGCGCAAUGAGGCACAAAAAUCCCAUAAUGCACUUUCGGCCUGCAUAUUUAACACGUUUAGCUCACCCUGUACCCCAAUCCUCAAAGCACAAGAGUAAUAAUAUGUUAGAAUAGGAUGCACAUUUGUUAGUAAUUACAUGUUGGACUAGCAUAUAUAAUACUCUGUUUU